AACCGUAGAAGAAGAAGAGGAACCCACAGCCCCAGCUAAAGAUAAGUUCUAUCUUAGAAACUACACUAUGCUAACCCGUUUUUAGUACUAUUUCAACACCUGACAGCAAGUUCAUCUUUAUGAGUUUCUCUCUACGAGUUUUCAAGGAGAAGCUGCCGUCAAACUGGCGCCUUUUUAUUUCAUAAAAUCACAACAAGCUGCUGGCUGCUGCUAGCAAUAAACUGUCAGUUGCUGAGCGACAACAAAGAGACUGGAGCUGCACGCUGCUGGCGAUGUAAUAAGUGUUAUAUAAUUUAACUGAACAGAUUACAUUAAUCAGGCUGACAUGACUGGGGUGGCCUCUCCAGAGAAGGCGUCAAGCUCCAAGAAGAAAAGCGAGAGGAAGUGUGCCAUCAAAGAGGAGUACAGACAGCUGUCUAGCAUCAUGGGAGUCAUGAACAACCUGAGGAAACAGGGUACUCUCUGUGAUGUGACCCUGGUGGUUCAGGGGAAACACUUUCCUGCCCACAGAGUAGUGUUGUCUGCUGCCAGCCACUUCUUCAGUCUCAUGUUCACCACCAGAAUGAUGGAGUCGAUGUCCCAUGAGGUGGAGCUCAGGAGUGCUGAGCCUGAGAUCAUUGAGCUGUUGAUUGAAUUUAUCUACACAGCUCGGAUUUCAGUAAACAGCAGUAACGUCCAGUCGAUGCUGGAUGCAGCCAACCAGUACCAGAUUGAGCCUGUGAAGAAGAUGUGUGUCGAGUUCCUUAAAGGACAAAUUGAUGCAACAAACUGCCUUGGUAUUUCCGCCCUGUCAGACUGUAUGGACUGUCCUGAGCUGAAGGCAGCAGCAGAGGACUUCUUCCAGCUCCACUUCACUGAAGUCUACAAACUGGACGAGUUCCUGCAACUGGACGUUAAACAGCUCACACAUUUACUGCACCAGGACAAACUCACUGUCCGUGCUGAGGCCCAGAUUUAUGAUGCAGCAGUGCGCUGGCUGAAGUACGAUGUGUGUAACAGACAACAGUACAUGGUGGAGGUGUUGGGGUGCGUUCGCUUUCCUCUGGUCUCCAAAACCUUCCUCUCCAAGACGGUGCAGGGUGAGCCCCUCAUCCAGGACAACCCACAGUGCCUCAAGAUGGUCAUCAGUGGGAUGCGCUACCACCUGCUGUCCCUGGAGGAUCGGGAGGACCUUGGAGAGAGCAGCCGACCGCGACGCAAGAAGCACGACUACCGCAUUGCUCUGUUUGGAGGCUCCCAGCCUCAAUCCUGCCGCUACUUCAACCCCAAGGACUCCACCUGGACAGACAUCCGCUGCCCCUUUGAGAAGCGUCGGGACGCCACAGCCAUCUUCUGGGACAAUGUGGUCUACAUACUGGGUGGCUCACAGCUCUUCCCCAUCAAGCGCAUGGACUGCUACAACGUCCUGAAGGACAGCUGGUACUCCAAGCUGGGUCCACCCACGCCUCGCGACAGCCUGGCUGCCUGCGCCGCCCAGGGCAAGAUCUACACAUCCGGGGGGUCGGAAGUGGGCAGCUCUGCCCUUGACCUUUUUGAAUGCUACGACACAAGAACAGAGUCGUGGCAGGUGAAAACCAGCAUGCUGAUGGCCCGCUGCAGCCAUGGCUCAGUGGAGGCCAACGGGCUCAUCUACGUCUGCGGAGGAACGGUGGGCAACAAUGUGUCUGGCAGGGUCCUCAACAACUGUGAAGUUUACGACCCCAACACUCAACAAUGGAGGGAGUUGUGUGGGAUGAGAGAGGCCAGGAAGAACCAUGGGCUGGUGGUGGUCAACAACAGGAUCUAUGCUGUUGGAGGGCAGGGGGCACUGGGUGGACUGGACUCGGUGGAGUACUACGACAUUGCCAGUAACGAGUGGCGUGCUGCUUCGGCGAUGCCGUGGCGAGGUGUAACGGUGAAGUGUGCAGCGGUUGGUGAUGUCAUCUAUGUGCUGGCAGGGUUCCAAGGUGUGGGUCGGCUCGGACACGUCCUGGAGUACCACACUGACACUGACAGGUGGGUGACUUGCAGCAAGGUGCGAGCGUUUCCCGUCACCAGCUGCUUGAUCUGCGUGGUCGACACGUGUGGAGUCAACGAAGACGAAGACAUGGACCUCAUAGACUCUCAGUCACACGCUGCAGCCACUGCCUCUUCAGCUGCCUCCACCUCAUCAUCCUCGUAGGACAAGAGGAAGAUUCGUUUGAUGACAGUUACUGCGUUAGGCCUCCAGUCGUCUGUGGAGCAGAUUUACGUAAGGCAAGGCCUGGCUGACAGCUCAUACUAAUGUCUGUAUUUAAGCAGCAAACAGAAGCCAUUCCUCUUAACUUUUAGUUGUGCCAGAAUUAUUGGUCCUAAUGUUACAGUGCCAGUGGAACACUAUCCACAAAUUAUG